GACUCUCAAACCCUUACGCCUACGCGUUCGUUCGUUCUAAAACCCUAGAAAAAUCAACCUCCGCCUCUCCUGCUUCGUCGACCGCGCCCCCUCCCCCUGCCGCCGCCAUGGACCCCAAACUCCUCCCCGCCCAGGAGGAACUAUCCAAGAGGAAGAAGGAGAAGAAGAGCAAGAAAGAGAAGCAGCGUAAGCUAGCGGCCGAGGCCGAGCAGGAGGCAGCGACGGAAGAGGUGGCCAAGAGCAGCAAAAAGAGCAAGAAAGAGAAGAAGCGGAAGCUAGCGGCCGAGGCCGAGCAGGAGGCAGCGACGGAAGAGGCGGCGAAGAGCAGCAAAAAAAGGGCGGCGGGCCAAGACGAAUCCGACCAAGCAGGGCCCGUAGAGAAGAGCGUGGCGGUGACGGGGAAGGGCUAUGCGGAACCCAAGUACGCACAGCUCAAGUCCUUCGCCGCCGCCGCGCUACCACCCCAGGUGCUCGACUGCUGCAAGGGGUUCGAUCGGCCGUCGCCCAUCCAGGCGCUAGCCUGGCCGUACCUCCUCGACGGCCGUGAUUUCAUAGGCAUCGCUGCCACCGGGUCGGGGAAGACGAUUGCGUUUGGUGUCCCGGCACUAAUGCACGUUAGGAACAAACUGGGGGAAAAGGCUGCGAAGAAGGGGCUGCCACGAUGCCUCAUGCUUGCUCCUACGAGGGAGCUUGCUCAGCAGAUCGCAGAUGUACUUACUGAAGCUGGGGCACCAUGCGGGAUUAAUUCUGUGUGCCUCUAUGGUGGAACUUCAAAAGGACCCCAAAUAUCUGCCCUCAAAUCUGGAGUUGAAAUAGUCAUAGGGACACCUGGUCGUAUGAAAGACCUCAUUGAAAUGGGUGUUUGCCGUCUUAAUGAGGUUUCUUUUGUGGUUCUAGAUGAAGCUGAUCGGAUGCUAGAUAUGGGUUUUGAACCUGAAGUCAGGGCAAUAUUAAGCCAAACAUCGUCGAUACGUCAGAUGGUUAUGUUCAGUGCAACAUGGCCCUUUGCUGUCCACCAGCUAGCCCAAGAGUUUAUGGAUCCAAACCCAAUAAAGGUUGUCGUUGGAUCGGAAGAUCUUGCAGCUAACCAUGAUGUGAUGCAAAUUGUUGAAGUAUUGGAUGAUAGAGCACGAGAUUCAAGAUUAGUUGCUUUGUUGGACAAAUAUCAUCGAGCGCAGAGCAACAGGGUUUUAGUUUUUGUGUUGUACAAGAAAGAAGCUGGACGAGUAGAAGCAAUGCUUAAUAAAAGGGGGUGGAAAGCCGUUUCUGUUCAUGGAGACAAGGCGCAGCAUGAUAGAACAAAAGCUUUAUCUUUAUUUAAAGAAGGAAAAUGCCCUUUAAUGAUUGCUACGGAUGUGGCUUCACGCGGACUUGAUAUUCCUGAUGUUGAAGUUGUCAUUAAUUACAGCUUUCCUUUGACCACUGAGGAUUACGUUCACAGGAUUGGAAGGACAGGUCGUGCAGGCAAGAAAGGUGUUGCACAUACAUUCUUCACUCAAGCAGAUAAGGGACUUGCUGGUGAGCUUGUCAAUGUUUUGCGGGAGGCUGACCAGGUUGUUCCUCCAGCCCUUAUGAAAUUUGGCACGCAUGUCAAGAAAAAGGAAUCAAAGAUCUAUGGUUCCCACUUCAAGGAAAUCACAGCAGAUGCUCCUAAGUCCACAAAGAUCACAUUUGGUGAUUCUGAUGAGGAGUAACUAUAACAGGCCUUCGUGGUGUCUUUUCUUAGAGUGCUCGACAGCAGUAGGAAAAUUCGUUGGAUACCGUAGUGUCCUUUUAGAAGUCUAGAUUAUCUUCGACACUCUUUUACAUUACUUUGUUUUCUUGAGGCCAUCAUAGGUGGUUGUAUGCAGUUUUCAUUUGGGAUAGGAAGACAAAUGAACAUAAACAGUACCGACAGCUUAUUAGUAGAGCAGAUGUUCCGGAACAGUUGAGACGCCCAUAAGCCCAACGGCCAGUGCCUCUCUACGAACAGACCCUACAUUUAUAUUCUACUAUAAGCUGGUACGGCCGAACGGGCGGGUGCAAUAUUCACAAACGACAGUCCAAAAUUUAUGUAGGGAUUCAUUUCCCCUUCA